AUGGUUAAGGACAUCUUGGAGGUGUUCAAGGAUGAUUUUUAUGUGUUUGGAGAUUCAUUGAGCUGUGCUUGGCAAACCCGAGUAGGGCUUUGCAGAGGCAUUAAGGUAGACAAGGUAAAGGUUGAGGUGAUUGAGAAACUACCCCCUCCUAUAUCAGUCAAAGGGGAAGCAAAAUUUGCUUUUGAUGAUGACGGCAGAAAGGCCUUUGAAUGCCUUAUGUUGAAGCUAGUGGAAGCUCUAAUUAUUAAUACUCCUGAUUGGAUGAAGUCGGUCGAGAUUAUGUGUAAUGCCAGUGGAGUGGCACUUGGAGCAGUUCUCAAACAAAAAAAUGAAAAGUUGUUUCAUUCGAUAUAUUAUGGAAGCAAGGACCUAAAUGGGGCUCAGAAGAAUUAUACAGUGACAAAGCAGGAACUUCUAGCAGCGGUGUAUGCUUAUAAGAAGUAUCGGGCAUAUUUUCUAGGUACCAAAGUAGUAGUACACACUGACCGCGCUGGCUUAAGGUACCUAAUAGGAAAUAUGGAUGCUAAACCAAGAUUGAUUCGGUGGGUAGUAAAAGACAAGCUUGAGAUUGAUGAUACCUUUCUGAAUGAGAAAGUAUUGGCUGCAGUGCUCGAAAAAGUACCUUGGUAUGCUGACUUUGCAAACUAUAUUGUAAAUGAAGUAAUGCCGGAGAAUCUUUCCUUUUAUUAA